UGCCUCUCAACCAUGAGCUCUGAAGCUGCCGCGACUACCGAUCCUGCUGUCCAAGGCAUCGACGAUGCCGAAGAAGACUCCAAGGAAAUUUUGUUAAUGAAGCAACGGGUUGCCGAAAUGGAGCAGGAGGCGAAAAAACUGCGGGAACUGCAGGCUGCUGCAUCGAUGGACACUACCGGAGAUGAAGACAAUCGUAUGGAAACCGAGGACGACAAGAACCUGGCAGAUGGACGAAGUAUCUAUGUUGGAAAUGUUGACUACGGGGCAACGCCAGAGGAAAUUCAGGUCCACUUCCAGGCUUGCGGCACGAUCAAUAGGGUUACUAUUCUCUGCGACAAGUUCACUGGACAUCCAAAAGGGUUUGCGUACGUUGAAUUUGCUGAGCCAGAACAUAUAGAGACAGCGUUGACUAUGGACAAUUCGCUGUUCCGUGGUCGCCUAAUCAAGGUAACGGCGAAGCGGACCAACAUUCCUGGCUUCAAUCGUGGUCGAGGCAGAGGAGGUUACCGUGGUGGAUAUCGUGGAGGUUUCCGAGGCGGCUUCAACGGCUAUAGUCCAUAUCGUGGAGGGCGUGGUAGAGGAAGAGGGCGUGGCUACUGA